CAUACAUCUUGAAUUUUUUACCAAAUUAACAAAGUAUAUAAGGCGUUUAGAAUCAACUAUUCAGCACCACACUGUCAUCGUAUCGAAGCUGAACAAAUCAGAAUCAAAAUGAAGAUUACAAUUUGUCUAGUGCUUGCCCUCUGUAGCGCAGUCAGUGCCCAUGGGUAUGGAGGAGGAAAUUAUUAUGGAGGAGGAAAUGGAGGUGGAAAUUAUGGAGUUGGAUGGGGCGUAGGGGGUGGAUGGGGAGAUGGAGGGGGAUGGGGCGUAGGAGGUGGAUGGGGAAACGGAGGUGGUAGAUACGUAGGAGCAGGACACGUAUAUGUUGUUAGAGGUGGAGGACCAUGGUAUGGCGGUUAUAGUGGUGGAUACGGAUACGGUGGAAACGGAGGUGGAUACGGAUAUGGUGGAUACGGAAACGGAGGUGGAUACGGAUAUAGUGGAUACGGAAACGGAGGUGGAUACGGAUAUAGUGGAUACGGAAACGGAGGUGGAUACGGAUAUGGUGGAAACGGAGGUGGAUACGGAUAUGGUGGUUCAAAGAAAGGAUAUUAGAAGUAGAUUCCUUACCGUAACGGACAACGGAUGAUGUUCUCUUUGUAACAUUUGUUAUAUUAAAAAUAUAUUCGUAGCAUUCAA